AUGAGUUUAUCUAGCCGUUGGUUAGAUGUCGAAGUUGGAACAGAUGAAAUAGAUCUUAAUUCCUUGCCUUCGAAUUUGGGACUGAUUGAUCUCCAAAAUGACAAUGAAUUUAAAUUACUUGUUGGUGACUUGGGGCGCGGAGAUGAAAUGCCUAAAUUGAAGGUAUUCAAAGGAGCAAUGCAGACAUCAGAUUUAGUACUGCCUGAUUUGCCAUUAGGCGUUGUAGGUUUCUAUACAAGUGAGACGAUGCCGCGUUCAUUUCCUGUUGUAGCUGUUGCAAUGAGUUCAUGUAUUUACAUAUAUCGAAACAUGAAAUUGUUUUAUAAAUACUACUUGCCCUCUGUGGAGCUUAGUUCUUGUGAGGUAGAAGUAUGGAAACAGUUGAUAGAACCACAUAACCAGAAUGAAGAGUCCUUCAAGGCUCUUACUACAAGUUUACAAUCUAUACCACAAAAAGUUCUAAGCUACCAAUCUCAGAAUUUUCUUAGUCUUGAUUUUGAACAGAGACUUGAAUAUCUGCAACAGAUGACAGAGUUACCAGGUUGUAAAAAUUCAGAAAUUGCUUGUAUCACAGCCUUAAAAAUGAAUUCGGUAGAUAAGUAUGCUUUGAGUUGUUUGGUGGUUGGUACGGAAGAUGGAGAGAUUAUUAUUUUAGAACCUGCUUCAUUUACACCCAUAAGCACUGCAAAGUUAUAUACAAUAAAGAAAACACCUUACCAAAUGGUCGCAACUGGCCUGUACAAUGUUGACUACAGAAUAACUAUAGCUACAAGGGACAAAUCAGUGUGUCUACUAAAAAGGGACUGGAAGGAGGGUCAAUUGCUGUUCAGAACUGACGAGCACAUCAUAGCUAUUGAAGUCUCAAACAUAGAUAAUAGUAUAUUUGUCAUAUGCUGUGACAGUACUUUUGCGUGUUAUAGUAAAAAAGGCAAAAAACAGUGGUCAAUAACUCUAGAACACCGGCCAGUAGCACUCACUCUGGUCCCUAUUAUGCACUUGGGGACCACGCUGACGGCUGUUGCAUUAGCCUCGGGACAUUUGCAUUUAUAUGACGGUAAAGCUCGCAGGGAUACCAUGUUUAUAAGAGACGUUGUAUCGGUGAUGAAAUUCGGUCAGCUCGGUAAAGAGGAGAACGUUUUCAUAAUUAUAACUGCAAACGGUAAUCUGAUGCUUAAAAUACUGAAGCGCACGGCGGAUUUCAACUCGGACGCGGCCAGUGUGGAAGCCGGCCCGAACUACUGCCCGGCACAUAAACCUUGGCUCAUACCUAAGAAGUCCAAACUAUUCCUCGAGCAGUCAGCCAGGGAACGGGAGAACGCUGUCGCUAUGCACGAGGCGUUCCAGCUCGAUCUGAACCGAUUACGGCUGCUGGCUGCGAAAACCCUACUGGAGACUCACGUCAAGUCGGACAACUCCAUAGCGGUCGGAGCUUUAGAGCCAAUCAGGCUUUCUGCUGAGGUGGAGGGACUGGGCCCAGUAUUCCGCGUGACCCUUAUAAUAGAGAACACGUCCAGUGAGAGGGCUGUUAUGGGACUGGCGCUGCUCUUCCACGUACAUACCAACUGCUACAAGGUUUCGAAACCGUAUAUUAAGGUACCUCUUCUCUCUCCAAACAGCCAGCUUAAACUGCCGACGAAAAUCGAAGAAGUAUUCGAAGAAAAUCUUAAUCCGGAAAUAUUGUUACGGACUGUCACCGGGCAAGGCGGGGAGAGGUCGCUAUUAAAGAUACUUCUGCUGAAAGAGGGGAGGAAGACCCCAGUGUUGGCUGCCACGGUCCAAAUGCCCCCCACCGACCCCAUGAUGAUCCCCUACGAUAAGAUGCAGUCCGAUAGUGGUUUUGACUGA